ACUGGUGGACUAGCACUAGCGUAUGGCAGAUGUUGUUGGGGAUUCAUUAUAUUAUUGCUCAUUGUUAGUGUUGUCUUUCCUGUGGUUCACAUGUAUCGUGCCUUCGUCUACGGCACGCUGAAGAAAGGCCAGCCCAAUUGCAGGAUGCUGGAUGCUGCCAACGGCCGGGCCGAGUUCCUUGCUCACGCUCGAACCGUAGAGCGAUACCCUCUCGUGAUCGCCACCAAAUAUAAUAUCCCCUUCCUGCUGAACGUGCCCGGGACGGGUGAAAUCUACAGUGAAAUCUACAGUGUGGACCAGCAGAUGCUGCACUUCCUGGACAGGUUUGAAGGCUGUCCAAAGAUGUACCAGCGCACUGCAGUCCAGCUGGAGGUGCAGGACGGGGACGGUGAAGGGGAAAACACACUGAAGCCUGGAAGCAUUGUGGAGACAUUUGUGUACAGCACGACUACAUACCAACCCGAGUGGCUCCAAAACCCAACAUAUGAGAGUUAUGAUGCGAAUGGUGAUCAUGGACUGGAAUAUAUAUCUCGUGAGGACAGAAGCCCUAAGUAAAUACUGUACUGGUAUCAGUUAACAACAGGGUCCAGAAUUUCACAUUUUACCACACCUGCCAGUGUCACGUCACUUUCCAUUCAGAUGUUUUCCAAAAAAAACAACAACUGUAUCUUGCAUUAUUAUUAUUUAUUAGAAAUAUAUUUCUGUUCUUAUGAGAUUUAGCUAAUUAUUCCCUUGCAUAUAAGUGACAAAUGUAUGGAAUUUCUGCAUUUUUUUAA